AUGGCGCCUACCUUGUCUUUGCUGCUUCUGGGAACUGCUGCGGCCAUGAAGUGCCCGGGCUCCAAAAGCUGGAUCCACGCAUCUGCGGAGGUGGAGGCGGUUGCGGAUGCCUCCUGCGAUGAUGUGAUGUCGGAGAUGAUUGCCCGCGUGACCUCGGACUGGAAGGAUCCCCACAACGGCGGCACUUACAGCGUGCUGAGCAAAGCGGAUGGCGAGUUGAACCUGCAGCGCGUGACCGGAAACAAAAAGUUCACGGACAAGAUGACCUUCACCUUCUCCCAGGAAGGUAGCCAGUGUGCGGUGAACGCUUGCUCCGAGAGUCAGUCCUUCUCUAUUGGGGACUUCUCCACCAACUACUGCAACCUCCGCAACCUGUACUGCGGAAGCGCUGAUGGCUGCGUGACAGUGAAGCAUGACUUCACUACCAAGGAGUCAAAGGUCGAUCCGUCCUUCGGCGCGGGAGGCGACAAGAAGGCGUGCAUCGUGAAGGCAGCCAGCGUGGCCAACGUGCUGGAGAAGACGAUGCUGCGCCAGCCAGAAUUGUUGGGCGGCACGACGGAGGACACACUCGGCUGCGUCAGCGACAACUGCCCUGUGGACAACCGAACCCUGCAGCCCAGUCCUUUGUGUGUUUUGGGCAACUGCACCAAGAACCUGGCCAAGUGCCUCUUCUCUUCCACCUGCCGCCACGGGGUGAUGUGCGAGCUGGGAUGCUUCGACGACCUGAAGAACACCGAGGACGACGCAGCGCGUCUGGCAGGGGUGCUGGAGUGCAUGCGCGCGCACUGCCCCGGCUUCCCCCCCAGCAAGACCUGCGCGGCUUUGCACUGCACCGUGGAGGCGGGCGCAUGCGCUCUGCACUCCAAGUGCCGCAGUGCCCUCGAGUGCGCGGACGGCUGUGUGCCCGGCAAGUACGCUGCUGCUUUGGCAGCUUUCACGCAGCCUGUGGUGUGA